UGAAAAGAAAAAGAUGAAAGAAAGAGAGGAAGUAUGGCAUAGACUUGAAAGAGUAGCUGCGCAUAAUUUUCAAGGAUUACCAGUACCAUAUAGCAUUGGCGGUUCUUUGCCAAAUUCAAAGAAUGAUUUAUCUGACAUCUCUGCUUACUUUAAUUCUGAAGACUAUGCAGAUGAAACUCAAUCUAACGGUGAAGAUGAAUUAAUUGAAAAUGAACAAAAACAUGUUAAUGAGGACGAGCAUGGGGAAAUGCAAUUUUUUGAUGGUCGUCCAGAUGGUUAUAAUAUAUUCCGUCGUAAAUCCAUCAUACCAGUUGAUGAGUCUGUAUUAUCAGAAUUAUCUAGGCAUAAAAGUUUGGAUGAAGUUCUUAAUGGGCCUCCAGACAGAUCCGGCUCAGCAAAUCUUUAA